UGUGCUACAUGGAAAGAAUUUUCGUGAUUAGUUUGACAAUUUUUGUAUAGCCAUUAGAAGAGUCGGCAAUACGUCAUUCGGUUUGAAUCAUGUUGUUCUUUCCGCUACCCUGUUGUAGGCAAGUAAUCACGAUGUCCUGUGUUCUGGGUUUUUUUGGUUCCGUAUCUUUAGCCAAAGAGUCGUCCUGUAGGAUGGGUCGGUUUGGUCCAGACUGCGCCUUCCAGUGUCGCUGCCUUGGCCAGUGUGAUGAGAGUGGAGAGUGUGUCGAUUCUGACUGUCAAGUAGGCUGGUUUGGCCCCUUAUGCCAGUACAAGGAUGGCGCCUUGAUAUCACAUCUCUAUUCAUCGCCUACAAUAGAUCUCGGAGUCACAAGAAACGGUGAAGAAUGCCAUGCUAUACAGAGUCCAUUUCUUAUGGUCGUAACGUUGGACUUUUACAUCAAAGUUUUGUCAUUAAGGCUCGUGGUAGCUAAAGGCCCACCCCUGAACAUAUCCAUAGAAUAUAUCGGCUAUGAUGGGUACAGAACAAACUGUGACAAUGAAGUACUUUUGCGAUUUGCUAACAGAUCUACCUCCGUUGAGUUUACAUGCCAAGCCAAAGAAUUGAUUAAAUAUAUACGUUACAGCAUUACCUCGAACACCUCAUUGUGUAUGUUUAACAUUAACAAAGGGCGACUAAUGCCACUAGACACAUCUGCUGCUAAUAGUACAAGUUCCGGACCAGAGUCUCAAUCCUUCAAAGAGGUGGCGGACGGCUGUUCUGAUACUAAUAAUCUGUGUGGGUGCAACGCACUUUACCCCAAUGCGGAGGUGCACGUCAUAGGUCUAACUGCGCGCUACAACAGCAACAUUGAUUCCGUCUACUUGUACAUUAGCAGAAAUAGUACAAGAUAUUUUAUUCCUCUCUACCUUUUGUUAAGAGCAAUCAGUAAAAACGAAACAACAAUAUUAAAUUACAUGCAAAGAGUUCCAGAAGGCGCAGUGGCACGGUUCCCGCUGAUUCAUGGGGAACAAAUCAAACGCAUUGAGAUCAGAUUUAUUUCAGACAAUACACCUUUAUAUAUACCUAUCUAUAUCUGUGAGGUAGAGGCUUAUGGAGUGUGCCCAAUGGGAAAGUAUGGAUUAGAUUGUUCCUCUGACUGUGAUAAGGAAUGCGGCUCGCGUUGCCACGACAUUGACGGAGCAUGCAAAUACACUUCUGCGGACAAUGAAACUGGUCUUAUCUUAACGUGUCCAGUUGGAAAAUAUGGCGAGGGUUGCCUAAGAUCCUGUGAUUACUGUAACAACGGACGUUGCCAACAUGAUGGUCUAUGCCUAGUCGGUUGUUUGGGUUUUUCAAACCCUCCAAAAUGUGAUAAACCAUGCACAAUAACAACUUACGGUGUGAAUUGUGACAAUAAUUGCAGCCGUAACUGUUUUGAAAGUCGAUGCAGAGAUAGAACUGGAGUCUGCCAAAUUGGUUGUUUCUCAGCUACUAAUUAUCCUGAAUGUACUCUGCCAUGUGAUACAGGCUAUGGACUGAACUGUACACAGACUUGUAAUAGAUGUUUUGGUAAUUACUGUCUCUAUAAUGGAACCUGUGCUUACGGCUGUAUAGGGUAUAUCAAUCCGCCUACAUGCAACAUUACUUGUCCUCCCGGCUACUAUGGAACAAAUUGUUCUCAUCAAUGUAUCCAAUGUCUACAUUCAAACUGCUCCCCUUCAACUGGUCUGUGCAUUGAAGGAUGUAUAGGGGGUAAUGAUUUCCCGUAUUGCAGACAAGCGUGUAGCAAAGGAAACUAUGGAGCUAACUGCAGCUUAAGUUGCAACAAGUGCCUCAAUUUCAAUUGCAGUAGUGAUGGUAUUUGUCUAGGUGACUGCGUGGGUUUCUCUAAUCCUCCUCACUGCAACCUAACUUGUAAGGAAGGCACUUAUGGGAUCAACUGCAAUAGGACGUGUCCAGAGUGCUUUAAGAACCUAUGUGAUCCGAGCUCAGGACAUUGUACACUUGGAUGCUUAGGAUACUCCGACCCACCUCAUUGCAGCACAAAAUGCUUUCGAACGUUACAUGGGUUGAAUUGCUUGCAGAAAUGUAGCGCCAACUGUUACCAGUCCAUAUGUCAAUCGACCACCGGGAAAUGUAUGGAGGGAUGUGAGGAUUACAAUGACCCUCCCGAAUGUACGCAUGAAUGUCUAAACAACAGCCAUGGAUACAACUGCUUCUGCCACGAAUAUUGCAGCGAGUGCUCAAACAAGUCUGGUAUAUGUGAUAAAUGUAAACCAGGGUUUUUACCAGAUCAGUCUAAAAAGAGUUGCUUUUACGAUCAACUUUUGGACUUCAAUCACACACUUUUAACGGAGCCAGAAGAUACCCCUUUAAACCAAUUUGUAUACUUCAUCCCUAUCAGCUUUUUUAUCGUCGCCUUUUUUAAUUGCAUGGUCGCAGUGUACUUUCAUCGCCUCAGACAAGCAAGACGUUUAAAUUUAUGGGAGCAUGAGUAAGGCACGCGUCACCGCUAGCUUCAAGAGACGUCAACACGUUCAUACCUAGCUAUGGACAUGAACACUGAGUCCUCGGGGAAAUAAUGGGGGAAAACAGCAGCUAAAUCUGGACACUUUUGAAGAAGAAGUGGAGCCUGAAAGUUCCAGUCUUGAGGAAGAGAUUCUGCCAGGAUAAUAUCUCCAUUCUAAUUGCGCUAAGAAGCCUUAAGCUCAAGAUUUUACAUUCUCCAUUAUUUUCUUUCUUUCAAUUCUCGGUGGAGCGAAUGCUACCAGUGUUGAUUAUCUGGUGAUCGACACUGUAGAUUUAACUUUCCAGAUAAAGUUUUGAUUCGAGUGUUAGCUAACCAUUGCUUUCUAACUGUAAUCAUAGAGGCUCUGACUGACUGGUGAGACCCACUUGAUUUUAGGAACAACUUUAUUCCAUUUUUCUGAUUUUAGUGUUUGUGUACUAAAUGCAGGUUACAAAAAAAAAUAUGAAUACUUGAGUCUCUUAGCAUGUUUAUCCUCUGUAUUCAAUGAUCAAAUAAAUAAUGUUUUUUAGUUUGCUUCCUCUUAGUAGAUGAGUUUUGAAAUCCUGUUGGAGCAGUGUGAUUGCAUACUCUUUGACCCACCAGGGAGAGAUAGCACCACGAGCCUCUGAGUUACCAACAUGGAAAAAUGGUUUGAGUGAUGGGACAAGUUUAAACAACAAAAGCCAAGGGAGAGUCUGGGAAAACAGUGUGGAGGCUGACCAGGUCUGAACAGCUGUAAUCACAGUGCAGGACGGGCCUCAGUUCCGUAGGGCAGGGUUCAAUGUCGACUCAUGAUGCUCCUGGAGGAAGAUAAAACGUGUCUGAAAUUCUUUUGAACUGAUUUCCAUCACAAAAGGUCCAUAAAGCUUUAAACUCUUCACCUGUAUGGUGACAUAAGUUGAAUAUGCACAGCAGUAUGAUUCUGUCCAGGGCUAUUGAAAGAAAUGCUGUUGCUGCUGCUGAUGUUGCUGCUGCUGCUGCUGAUGAUGAUGAUGAUAAUGAUGAUGAUGAUGAUGAUGAUAUGGCAGGUCUGAAGUAGUUUUGUCCUCUGUCAGAUAAGGAGAAUCAUCAUGGGGAAUGUUCAGGGUCACGCCACGAGAAUGCCCACAAGGUCAGGUGUCAUCACACCUUCGGCUAAUCGGGACGGACAUCACAAACUAUCUUCGUAACCUUUUUUUUAUUAUUAUUGUAAGUAUUAUAGUAUCUUAAGAGUUAUUUACUUCUUUUAGUAAGCUUUUUUUUUAUUGUUGCUGCUACAACAUUGUACUUUGACUUUGAAUACUGUUUAUUGCAUUUGUUCUUUUUCUUCUUUGUAAUGCCUCUAGUUCUCUAGUAGUGGAUCAUAAGUUCUCACUCUUGGUGUACCUGUAAAGUCUGUUUAUGACAUU